AUGUCUGCACCUUUACAAGAACUCAUAAUCUCUUUAAGCAAUAAUCUUGAGAGUAUUCCAAACGAAGAAGUUAAACAACUUUCUUAAUCUCAUCUGAAGGUUUUGGAUUAGACUUUGAAUUCGCAGCAUCAUGUUAUUUCUAAUUAUGAACUACUCGUCAAGAAAUUAGAACUACAACUAAUUCAAUGCUAAAUGGCUAUGGAUGAUGGAGCUAAGAGAGAAGCACAAAUGAAAAAUUUAGUUACAAAUAUGAUGCAUGAUAAUUUUAAACUGAAAACUGAAAUGUAAUUAGCAGGGGGUACAGGGUAUAAGCCCUCAGUUUGCUAAAACUGUGAAAAUCUAAAAGAAGAAAUCGAGGCUUUAGAAAACUAGAAUGAAUCAUAGAAUUAAGUCAUUAACAAGCUAAGUGAGGCGCAACAACUCCUUUUGAUGCAAUAUUAAGCCUUAGAGUUAAGUUUGGAGGACAAUAUAAAAUAGGAAUAAUUAGAAAAAGAUGAAGUUGCUAGAAAAUAAGAGUUAGAGCAGAAGAAAUAAGAUGAAAUAGGACAAUAGGAUAAAGUUCCUUAGCAAGAAGAGAGCGGAAUCGUACUAUAGGAGUAAGAAUGA